ACUGAGCUGGGACUUGAACUCGGGUCCUAGGUGACCCUGCCUGGGUCCCUAUCCCCCUAUGCCUGUGUCCCCUGCAGCCCCAGGGUCCUUUGGAUCUGGAGAUGCUGAGGUGAGCAGCUGCUGGGGGGCGGGGGUCACGAAUAGGGGGCAGGUUGGGGCUCUGUCCAGGUGCCCUGCCCCUCUGAGCCUGACCCAGGAAGGGUCCUCUAUUGUCCUGGCUUUGCUGAGAGCCAGAGAUCAGCCAUGGGGUCCUGGGAGCCCUGCACCCCCACUCCCCCCGGGAGCCAAGUUGGCGCCAAGUCCUCGCACACAGGGGCCGGCGUACCCCCUGGGCACUGGCAGCUGGCGGGAGGGGCAGCGGGUCGAAUGGCAGACAGAGAGUUAACAGCAGCGCUGACUUGUCUCUGGAAGGAAAAACUCCCCACAAACGCCCUGCUGCCUGGCAUCCUGCCAGGGCCAAGAUAGAGACUAAAACUGGAAGUCCCGGCGGGUGGCCAGCUCUGCCUCUGCAGCGGACACUUGAGGACGGAGCAGCCCUGCAGCAAGCCGUCUGUCCACACACCCACUGUCCACCUGGCUGCCUGCUGCUCAUCUGGAAACCUCUGUCUGUCCAUCCAUCCAACUCUGUCUGUCUGAUCCUCCUUCGUCCCGCCAUCUGGCUGUCCGCCCAUCUGUCUGUCUGUGGCCCCCGUCUGGUGGUCCACCUGUCCUGUUACCUGUGAGUCCAUCCACUCACCUUGUCCGUUCAGCUGCCCGCCUCCCUGUGCACCUCCCUGUCCGCCAGCUGCGUGCCCACCUGCCUCCCCUCUCCCCUGGGCCUGUCAGAGCCAUGGCCCAGGGCCGCGGGGCCGCGGUCAGCCUGGUCCUGCUGGCACUGGGGCUGGCGCUGGCCAUCAUCGUGCCCACCGUGGUCGUUUCUCGGCACCGCGUCCACUGCGGCCCCCAGGCCUUUGCCCACGCUGCAGUCGCUGCGGACUCCAAAACUUGCUCGGACAUUGGGCGAGCCAUCCUCCAGCAGCGCGGCUCGCCCGUGGACGCUGCCAUCGCGGCUCUGGUCUGCACCGGGGUCGUCAACCCCCAGAGCAUGGGCCUGGGUGGAGGGGUCAUCUUCACUAUCUACAACGCCACCACAGGGAAGGUGGAAAUCAUCAACGCCAGGGAGACGGUGCCCUCCAACCCCAUCCCGGCUCUGCUGGACCAGUGCAAGCAGGCCCAGCCUCUGGGCAUAGGCGCCCAGUGGAUCGGGGUGCCCGGGGAGCUCCGGGGCUACGCUGAGGCCCACCGCCGCCACGGUCGCCUGCCCUGGGCACAGCUGUUCACGCCCACCAUCGCACUGCUCCAGGGGGGCUUCCGUGUGCCCACCAUCCUCGCCAGCUUCCUGCACAGCCCAUUCCUGCGCCCCUCCCUUACGGAGUCAUCCCUGAGACAGCUCUUCUUCAAUGGGACAGAACCCUUGAGGUCUCAGGACCCACUGCCGUGGCCCAUGCUGGCCGCCACCCUGGAGACCGUGGCCACAGAAGGCGCAGAGGCCCUCUACACAGGGCGGCUGGGCCAGCUGCUGCUGGAGGACAUCGCCAAGGAAGGUAGCCAGCUGACCCUGCAGGACUUGGCAUCCUUCCGGCCUGAGGUGGUGGAUGCCCUUGCCAUGCCCCUGGGGGACUAUACCCUGUAUUCGCCGCCGCCGCCUGCUGGGGGCGCCAUUCUCAGCUUCGUCCUCAACGUGCUCAAAGGGUUCAACUUUACCGCCGAGUCGGUGGCCGGGCUGGAGGGGAGAGUGAACUUGUACCAUCACCUCGUGGAGACGCUCAAGUUCGCUGGGGGGCAGAGGUGGCGGCUGUGGGACCCUCGAAGCCACCCAGAGGUCCAGAACGCCUCCCAGGACCUGCUGGGAGAGGCCCUGGCCCAGCACAUCCGCCAGCAGAUGGACGACCGGGGAGACCACCCGCUCGACCACUACAGCCUGGCCGGGGCCUGGACCCACAGGAUGGGCACGGCCCACGUGUCCGUGCUGGGCGAGGACGGCAGCGCCGUGGCCGCCACCAGCACCAUCAACACGCCGUGCGUGGGGCUCGGGGCAGGCGGGCGGGCGGGCCGCACUGGGUUCCCUGGGCCUGGCGCCCCGCCCCCACUUGCUGUGUCCGCGGGCUUUGGAGCCAUGGUGUACUCACCACGCACGGGCAUCCUUCUCAACAACGAGCUUCUGGACCUGUGCUGGAGGCACUCACAGGGCUCUAGAGCCACCCCCCGGCCCGUUCCAGGUGAGCGGCCCCCGUCGUCCAUGGUCCCCUCCAUCUUGGUCAGCACAGCCCGGGGGUCGAAGCUCGUGAUCGGCGGGGCCGGCGGGGAACUCAUUAUCUCUGCGGUGGCUCAGGCCAUCAUGAACAAGCUGUGGCUGGGCUUUGACCUGCAAGCCGCCAUCAACGCCCCCAUCCUUCACGUGGACAGCAAGGGCCAGGUGGAGUUCGAGCCCAGCUUCAGCCAGGAAGUUCAGAAGGGGCUCCAGGACCGGGGCCAAGAGCAGAACAAGAGGCCCUUCUUCCUGAAUGUGGUCCAGGCCGUGUCCCAGGACGGAGCCUGUGUGCAUGCCGCAGCGGACCCGCGGAAGGGUGGGGAGCCCUCGGGCUACUGAAGGGCUGCUCCCUCCCGAUUUGGAGUCCUGCCCCGCGUGUGCCCGGCCAGCCUGACCUGGGGAUCGAGCGCCCUGGCAGGAUCUGGGCCCCUGGGCUGGACGGUCGGCCUGGAGCUGCAAAGAGGUGGACAGCCCAGCAGAUGGACCACUGUGGGGGUCGAGUCUCCCCACCAGAGCCCCGGCCCUGGCCGCUCCAGGCCUCACCCACGACUGUGCCCCUGCCCCCUGGAAGCCCCGCUCCCCACUUGUGUAUCCUUCCGUCCGAGAUUAAAGAAGAGACUGCACCA